ACUAAACAAGUACACACACCCUACAUAACCAAAUCAAACCCAACCAACCAUACCAACAACCUCUUCUCUCUUCUUCAACUUCUCAAACCUUUCAAACCACAACCAUGCUUCAGGAAGCAGUCUCAUCCUCCCCGACAUUCUUAGCCACCCUUUACAGCUGGUUCACACCCACCGUCUUCUUCCUCCUCCUCCAACUAGUCAUCGGAACCAUCUUCAUCAUCUCCAACCUUGCCAGCUCCAAACACCACCAACACCAACACCAAGACCCUCAUGCCCAACAUCAUCAAGCUAAUGACUUUCCACACCCACACCUCCCUAGAUCCCCUUCCAUCUUGCAGAGACUCAAAUCCAUCAACUUCUACCCCUCCCAAGACCCUCCACACCCACACUUUCAUGAAUCUCAAACCCAUCAAAACGAAACCUUCCAACUUGCUAGAUCUCCUUCGCUCCUUCAAAGACUCAAAUCCAUCAACCUCUACACUUACCUCCCCACCGAACCCUUCACUUCAAAACUCACUCCCCAAGUUCCCCAAGUUCCCCAAGCAGUCACACUUUCCCACGCGCCGGACAAACCCCACUUGCCGCCACCCCAGGUGGUCGAAACCGACGAGGAAAAAGAGGAAGACGAUGACUUUCCUGUCGUGAGCGGUGGUUACGACUACAGCCUUGGAGACCGCGAAGAGGGUUCUUCCCUGGACGAGAUUUACAGCAAAUUGCAGCAGCAGGGGCAAGAUGGUCAUUUCACUAGGACACACUCUGACACCAAGCCUUCUUCUGGUGAGGUUCCGGUGAAACUGCCGCGGAAGAUGAAAAAGUCAGCAAGCAGCAAGUCUGCCUUUGCACACUUCAAAGAAGAGGACAUCGUGGAGAACCGCCGCCCGGCCACGGUGAGGGAGGCUAAGGUGAGCGGUGCCCCAGUCGACGACGAGGUGGACGCCAAGGCCGACGAUUUCAUCAACAAGUUCAAGCAGCAGCUGAAGCUGCAGAGGCUGGAUUCCAUCAUGAGGUACAAGGAAAUGAUUGGCAGAGGAUCUGCCAAAUAAUUAAAAAUUAUUAAUUGUUACAUUUUAUUUAGUGUAAUAAUAUUUAGUUAAUUUUUAAUUAGCUGUAAAAUUAGUAAGUUUUCUUUCUCUUUUGAAUCGGUUAUGUUCCUUCUGUAUGUUGAGAGUACUGCAUUAUGUUGAUGAAUUAAUAUGUGUUCUUAUUGUUUCUA